GCACGUCCGCCGCCAUGGUGAAGCGGUGGCUCCCCCUAGAGGCCAACCCCGACGUCAUGAACCAGUUCAUGUGGGGACUGGGAGUCCCGGAGGAUGUGGGGUUCUGCGACGUGUACGGGCUAGACGACGAGAUGCUCGCCAUGGUGCCGCAGCCGGUUCUCGCCGUCCUCUUGCUCUACCCGCAGGAUGGGAAGAAGGAAUCCGAUGCUUCAACUGCCUCCACGGUGGAGAGCAAGGAGCCCAACAAGAAAGUAUAUUUUACAAAGCAGACUGUUGGCAAUGCUUGCGGAACAAUUGGUAUUAUUCAUGCAGUAGGGAAUGCUGUGUCCAGAAUCAAGCUAGUUGAUGGGUCCUAUUUUCAUAGAUUCUAUAAACAAACCGCUGAUAUGGAUCCUAUCCAGCGUGCUGCUUUUCUUGAGGAGGACCAAGAAAUGGAGGAUGCUCAUUCUGUUGCUGCUGCUGGUGGUGAUACCGAGGCCAAGGAUGGGGUGAUUGAACAUUAUGUUUGUUUUUCUUGUGUUGAUGGUGAACUUUAUGAGCUUGAUGGAGGAAAGCCGCAGCCAAUACAUCACGGACGUUCCUCUACAGAUAGCUUGUUGCAGGAUUCUGCAAGAGUCAUAAAAGCAAGGAUUGUGGAGUAUCCUGGGUCGAUCAACUUCAAUGUGAUGGCUCUCUCAAAAAAGGAUUGAUACAUGGAUCCAGGUGAAGGUUUACUGAUUUUCACCAAUCUAUGUUUCCCAUCUGCACUGCCCUCAGUUAAUAACAACUAUAGCAGUGCUCAGUUGUCCAGUCUGUUACGUUGAUGUAACAUGGUGAACGAUUGAAGUACUAAUGCAAGGGGAAAAGAAUCACGACACACUGAGCUUAAAUUUUUUUU